UUUGCGGUUUUGGGGCUCCUUGAGUUGGUGUGCUACGCUAAAUUUGGUUAUGCACACGGCACACCAACUGAAAGGAAAGACACAAAACUCAGCAUAUCUAGUACUAUACUACUAUCUUAGGCCCAAAAGUCACAAUAUCCCCCACACCCAAAAACAAGAGAAAUCUCAAAUUCUCAACAGAUCAGAAAAGCAUUCUUGUCUUAGCUGCAACGGUGCAACCUGCAACCCAGAAAGCUUGAAGCUUGCCCUUGUUUUCUGUAGCCCAAACAAACUUAUAUACUAUAUUGAUAUUGAAAUUGCAAAACUUUGAAUAAAAUUCAGCAGAAAAUGGAAGAUUUUGUGUUGAAUCUUUGAAUACUUUACAAAAAUGGCAAUGGCAGCUGCAAUAAGUAUUGGAAUUGGUAUUGGAGUUGCUUCCACUAAACGCCCCUUUGCAAUUCGUCCUCCUCAUCUCAUCUAUUAUGUUGCUAGGCUUCCACGAAUUAGCUCUGUUAUUAGCUCUGUUUCUGCAGUUGAAUCUCCCAAACCAGAUGCUCACAUACCACUUUCAAAAUCUCCAAAUCCAUCAGUUAAGGAAGGUACGAAGAAGAAGGCACCAGAGUGGAAGAAGUUGAGCUCCAAAGAAUUGGGAAUCACUACUUCCAUGAUUGACAAACCUACUAGAUUUGUACUUAAAACACUCAGGAAAAAAGGAUACCAGGUAUACCUUGUUGGAGGAUGCGUGCGAGACCUUAUCUUACAGAGAAUUCCCAAGGAUUUUGACAUCAUCACUUCAGCAGAGCUGAAGGAGAUUGUUCGAACCUUUCCACGCUGUGAAAUAGUGGGAAGGCGAUUCCCUAUAUGUCAUGUGCAUGUAGCAGAUUUGGUUAUUGAGGUGUCAAGUUUUAGCACUGUUGCGAGGAAGUCGGGGAGGAAUUUUAAUAAUCUUUUCAAAAAGCCUCGAGGUUGUGACGCGGACGAUUAUAUGCGCUGGAAAAAUUGUGUUCAAAGGGACUUUACAAUUAACGGAUUGAUGUUUGAUCCUUACUCAAAGAUAGUAUAUGACUAUACUGGUGGUAUUGAAGAUAUUAAAAGAUCUAGGAUGCGGACAGUGACCCCUGCAUUUUCUUCUUUCACAGAAGAUUGUGCUCGCAUUUUACGUGCAUGUAGAAUUGCCGCACGGUUAGAGUUUAAAUUUACAAAAGAAAUGGCUCUAUCUUUGAAAGAAUUAUCUUUCUCAGUGCUUAGACUUGACAAGGGAAGGAUCCUUAUGGAGAUGAAUUACAUGCUGGCUUAUGGAUCUGCCGAAGCUUCUCUAAGAUUAUUAUGGAAGUAUGGCCUUUUAGAGAUACUCCUACCCCUACAAGCAGCAUAUUUUGUUUCCCAGGGUUUUCGAAGGAGAGACAAAAGGUCUAACUUGCUUCUGUGUUUGUUUUCAAAUCUGGACAAACUCCUUGCACCAGAUCGACCUUGCCAUAGCAGUUUGUGGAUAAGCUUAUUAGCAUUUCACAAAGCAUUGGCUGACCAACCACGGCAUCCCUUGGUGAUUGCUGCUUUCUGCCUAGCUGUCCAUAAUGGAGGUUCUUUAUCUGAAGCCGUAAGCAUUGCAAAGAGCAUCACUCGGCCAUACGAUUCAAGUUUCCAUGAAUUACUUGAACAUCAGGGUCAAAAUAUGGACGACGAUUUGGUGAAUGAUGUCAAAGAUCUUGCUGCUUCUGUUAAAACAGCAUUGUGUCAAUUAACUGAUGUGACCAUCGUUUCUCAAGCAAUGGCAAAAUAUCCACAGGCACCGAUAUCUGAUUUGGUUUUCAUUUCAUUGGCAUUGCAAUUGAGGACAGAUAAGAUUAUAAGCUGUGUUGUGAAGGGAAGGGAAAAAGGAUUUGUGCCAAAGCAUGGAACUCGGAUCAACUACGAGUCAUUGGCUAUUGGGAACUUGCAUGAAGUCCGAUAUAUAUUAUCAAGAAUUAUUUUUGAUACAAUUUAUCCUACAUACUUAGAACAAAGAUGAUAAACAUGUCAAUGGAAAUAUUACUUGAAAAGUAAUUUUUUAGUGAUUAGGAAAUUCUUUAUUAAAAGAAAAAGAAUAUUGGUGAUGUAGCAUUAGUGGAAGAAUAUUUAAUUUGAGAUGUUACCCUUAUAUGUUGUUUCUUUUCUA